AUGUCCCGACGGGGGGCUGUUUGGUGUGUGGUGUUUUUGGCAAUCUGGCUCUCGGUCGGCGGAGGCGAUGCGAAACCGAUCGAUGUCGCGGCCGGCAACCCACUCGCCGAAGAUUCGUUGGAUCCGGUGCAGUCGAAGGAUGCCAUUGGGGAGGACGUGUAUCGAGCGAAGCGUAAGUUCCGGCCGGAGGAGUGGGCCGCCGCGAACGCCAUCCUGGAUCUGCUGGCGCAGCUGAAGAGCGCUCGGCAGGGUCAGCUUACGACGCAGGCACCCCGCAGGACCACCACAACCACGACAACAUCCACCACCACCACCACCACAACUGUAAGGCCGAUGGCGCAGGUUAAGGCCCGGGCGGAUCGGAGUCCGCGCGAAGACGACGACGUGCCGCAGUUCAACCCGGACGGCACGAUCAUGCUGCAGCUGCCCGGGAAGCUGUUCGGCAAUGCGACCAACUUCGUCCUGGCGGCGGCAAAGCUCUUUGGGGAUUUUAUUACGAACACGGCCAUCCGGACAGCGAGGUUCAUGCAGCUUUUCCAGCCGAUCGCUGGUCGCCAUUUGUACAUUCAAAUACCGACACCGAGUCCGCCGGGAGGAGACAGCUGA